ACAAAUUGUUCAAAAAAAUAAAAAAAAAAAAGAAAAAUAAAAGGGCAUCUCGUUUAACAUAGAAACUUCAUUCAAAGAUUAUAAAGCAGGUAAAGUAUGGAUUGACUUCAAGAUCUCCAUCUUACUUAUCUAAUUAAAAGUUGUUAAAGCAUGCAUUAAGAUUGUGUUAUCCCAAAAAAUCUCCUUGACACGUGGCAGAUGAAAUGGCGUGCCACUUGCUUUGUUCAAAACAAGAAAGAUUUCUCCGACGACCCUCUCUUCUUUCCAAGCGUGGAACUCAGCUUGUGAGUUGAUGGAAGAACGUCGUGAAUUGCACCUUAAAGAUCAGACGAUUGGCAGAAACGAGGGAUGAACUUCCUGCACUAAAUGGGUUAUGCGACAAAAUGCCCUGGAUAUGAUUCCAAGGACUCCUAAAAGCUAAUGUAAUCAAGAAAAGUUAAGACUGCAAGAAGAUAUAAUGCAACAUCGACUUAAUGAAGAACCAGCAAAACAUCAACUUACUGGAGAAUCUGAAAAUUCUAGUCUCAACCACAGUGGAGUAUCACCACCACCUCAUAAUGCAACUUCAGUCUCCAAUCAUCCUAUGAUAACAAGAGCUCGAGUAGGGACUCAUACUGGUCAUGUUAAAACAAUAUUCACAAAGCAUGCAAAUUACAUGAAUACUAAUGAUCCUUUUUUUAACAUUGCAAAUCAUGACAUCCAAGAGCCAAAAACAAUGAAGAAGGCACUCCAAAUUCCACACUGGUUCAAUGCCAUGAGAGAAGAAUUAGAUGCAUUUCACAAAAACAACACAUGGACUCUAGUACCUCUACCGUCUUCACCAACGAACAUCGUAGGGUCCAAAUGGGUGCUUAAAACAAAGUUGAAUCCUGAUGGCACUAUAGAAAGAUUCAAGGCUCGGUUAAUAGCACGAGGUUUCACUCAAGUACCUGGAGUAGACUUUGAUGAAACAUUUAGUCCAGUUUUAAAACCUACCACUCUCCGAUUAGUCAUUGCUCUUGCAACAACUUUUGGAUGGCCUCUAAGACAACUAGAUGUAAAGAAUGCAUUUCUACAUGGCAAGCUCAAAGAAACAAUUUACAUGAGUCAGCCACCAGGUUUUGAACAUCCCGAACAUCCCAAACACCCUACAUAUGUCUAUCAACUACACAAGUCAAUAUAUGGUCUCAAGCAAGCUUCGAGGGCAUGGUUUGAUACUUUUACGUUGCAUCUUCUACAAAUGGGAUUUUCUUGUAGCUGAGCUGAUUCUUCUUUAUUUGUAUUACAUAACCAACAAUGUGUUGCUUUGCUCCUUCUAUAUGUUGAUGAUAUUGUACUCACUGCAACUUCUGGACUAUUGCUUAAGGAUAUCAUCAAUCAUCUCAGUAGACAUUUUGCCCUCAAGGAUUUAGGAGCCCUUAGCUGAGAAACAGUGGAGCAAGCUAGGAGGAGGGAAAGAAGAGCAAAAGAGGAAAAUGAAACCGCCAUUUUUUUGGGCUCCCCCAAGAAAAGAAGCGCCAACUAACCAACCAACUACCAACCUGCAAAGCCGCAGUGCAAGGCAGAGGCCUCUAGUCUGUGUAUUUAUAAAAGAAAAAGCUGCCUCUAUAGCAAUAUUUAAGACCACAUUCGGCAGAAUGCCUUUUUGGCAUUAAUUAAUUUAGUUUUCUGCU